AUGGGCGACCAGGAACGGAUAACGCCCCAGUCUAUGGGUCGCCCUUCCGACGAGGCUCUGAGAGACGAACCUUUGACCACUGCUGCGGCUGCCACCACAAACCACAAUGACGAGAAUGCUUCCGAGUCGCGGCCCGAAUCUCCUCCAGCUGAGACGCCGCCUAGUGACUCUGGGACAAAGCCAACCGUCCCCAUGCAAAAGCGACGACGGGUGACCCGCGCCUGUGACGAGUGUCGUCGCAAAAAGAUCAAGUGUGAUGGCAAACAGCCUUGUACGCAUUGCACCGUCUACAGCUACGAAUGUACAUAUGAUCAACCUUCCAACCGAAGACGGAAUCCUGCCCCACAGUAUAUCGAGGCGUUGGAGCAGAGGCUGCAGAAGGCCGAGUCAGUCCUUCGCUCGGUCCUACCGGGACUCGACCUCGACGAUCCUAAAUUUGACGCGCGAACCGUCGAACAGUUGAUCGAGGCAAGCCGUGCAAACGCCAGUGCCAGUGCCAGUGCCAGUGCCAGUGCCACGGGCGACCUUCCAAAACCCGAAGAUGAUGCUCAACUCCAAUCGAUGAUUGACCGAACCGGCUCGCUGGAUUUAGACGACCACGGCAAUUGGGAUUUCCAUGGCCAUUCAUCUGGUUAUGUCUUCAUGCGAAAGUUUCGCGCACAGUUUGGCGACCAGUUCCUGGCAGAGUACCGCCACCCCAGCAAAAACCGCACAAUUGCCCAAAUCCUCGAAUCCCCCAAAUCUGCAAACUCGUCACCGAUAGACCUCAGCCUCCCUCAUCACGUUGACCUGCCUCCUCGAGAGGUGGCCAUUGAGUUGUGUCGAAACACCCUCGACGACUGCUGCGCUCUCAUGCGCCCCAUCCACCGACCGACUUUCUUUAAGCGACUACACGCAGUGUACGAUACUGAUCCCGAACAAUAUAACAAUCGACAUGUCCAGUUCCUGCCUCAACUCUAUGUAGUCAUGGCCGUUGGCUGCCUCUUCUCUAAGACAGAGAACGAGAACACGAUGCUGGAUCUCAAAGGCUACAAGGAGGCAAUCGAACAAGGAUAUCAAUAUUUUAGUAGCGCCAAGCAGUUACUAGACAUCACGGAUUGCAGGGAUCUGGUGACCAUUCAAGCCAUCGUCUUCAUGAUCCUCUUUUUGCAAUCUUCGGCGAAAUUGCCGACUUGCUACGCAUAUAUUGGCAUUGCAUUGAGAGCAUGUUGCCGACUGGGCUUGCACCGCAAUCUGCCAAUUAAUAAUUUCAACCCGAUCGAGUCGGAGGAACGGAAGCGCAUAUUCUGGCUGGUACGGAAGCUAGACUGUUAUGUUGGAACUGCACUUGGCCUUCCUCAAAUGUUGAGUGACGACGACAUCGACCAAGACUUUCCUGCCGAGGUCAACGAUGAGUACAUUACCGAACAAGGCAUUCUGCCAAUGCCGGCUGGCACAUUUCCUCUCAUCCGAGCAACUAACGCUCACACGAGGCUGACGAUGCUUCUGAGAAAGGUGGUUCGGUAUAUCUACCCUCUGAAAUCUCCAGGUAGCUCCAAGGCCGAGCCCGUCUAUAGCAUCAGCCACAAAAAGAUCCGUGAGCUUGAAAGAGAUCUGCAGAACUGGAUGGAUCAACUGCCGACCGAGUUGAGGCCUUCGGACAAUGCAGGACGGGAGCUCUCCAGAGUCCAACAGCAUCUGCGAAUAGGCUACGCUCACGUCCAGAUGAUGGUCUAUCGACCGUUUAUACACUAUGUAUCUCAGGCAUGUCAAGCGAGGAACGUUGAUAAGAGGAGCUUCGCUUGUGCCGCCGCGUGCAUCAGUGUCGCAAGGAAUAUUGUGCACAUAACAAGCGAAAUGAAGAGGCGAGGCUUAUUGGUAGGAUCCUACUGGUUUGUCAUGUACACGACCUACUUCGCCAUCCUAUCGCUCGUGUUUUUCGUCAUCGAAAACCCCAACAACCCCACAAGCACUGAGAUCCUGAAAGAUGCAAAGGAAGGACGGGACACCCUAGCAAGUCUAGCGAAACGGAGCGCAGCUGCUGAUAGGUGUACUGUCAGCCUGACGGGCCUUUUCGAUGUUCUCCCGGAAAAGCUGAAGGAACGGCGGAGUUCCCUCAAUUUCGCUCCAGCAAGCACUCGCAAGCGCCCACCGCCAGGUACCGAAGGAGGCCCAGCACAGGAGAGACAAACUGGCCCAGACCUCGCAAAUACGAUGGGCUCUCGAGAACCCUCAGCGACGCCCAGCAGGGCACGGACAUUACCUUCAGAUUAUCUGGCAAAACUGGCAAAGAGAAACUCUCUACCAGAUCCGGUCAUGUCGAACUUCUCGGAGCAAGUACAAAGUGCUCAAAUGAUGGGAUUCCAAAGCCCGUCAACGUCGUCUCCCAUGUCGCCGAACUAUCAAUAUACGCCGCAACUGGGCAAUGCCCAAAUACCGGAUUUGAAGAAUGUCAUGUUCCCCAGCGACAAUCCCUUCGCGUAUCCUAGUCAACCCAUGAGUGCCAUCGAAUCAGUCGAUGGGCACUACUCGUUCUCCGAGCCCAGCAUGACCCCCAACGACCCGAAUAUUUUUGGAACGCCGAGCAGCAGCCAUCAGAUGCCCAUACCUACACCUCAUUUCGCGGGUUAUGAUUACCCUUUUCAGCACACGUUGAAUGAAACCCCUAGCUUAGCACAGCACUUUGGCAGCCAGACCAGCCGAGACUUUAAUGCGCCUUUUACCGAUAUUCUUAUGCAGAACGCGCUGGGGACGGACAUGAGUCACCUGGGAGGAGUCCCGAAUACGACCGAAUCGAUGAACAUGGGGGGCGGCGAUGUGAACGCCUCGACGAAUCCAGACGAAUACUGGAAACAUCUCAAUGGUGGACAGAUAGGACUGGGAACCGGGCUGCCACACGGGGUGCAACAGACCAGCAUGGAUUAUUUUAGCACUGAGAGCUGGACCCCAACUUGGGCCGAGCAUCAUCAUCAUUACGGCAACACCCCCCAGCAGUGA